ACCGCCGAGGGGUAGGCGGAGCCUCAGACCCCGCCCCUCCGGAGGGAGGGGGCGGUGUUUUCAGCACUGACCAAUCACGGAAGGGGCCGUGGCUUACGGCCCCGCCCUCUCCGCCAAAAUGGCUGCGCCCGCGCGCCACGUGGGUGUUGAGACCCGGUGGGAGACGGCGGCGGGAGGGGAAGGAGGAACGGAAACGGAAUGGGAAUGGGAAGCGGAAGAGGAAGCGGAAGAGGAAGCGGAAGGAUCCGGCGCGCUGCGGGCCGUGUUCCCCCGCGACCCCGCGCUCUUCGCUGACACGUUCCCGGUGCUGCGGCGGUUCCGGCUCUGCGGGCGCGUCCUGCGCAUCGCGCAGCACCACGGGCCGCGCCUCGGGCUGGCGGCCAACGUCUGGGAGGCGGCGCUGGCCCUGGCCCGGUUCCUGGAGCAGCAGCGCUUCGAGUUCCGGGGCCGGUCCGUGAUCGAGCUGGGCGCCGGCACCGGCAUCCUCGGCAUCUUGGCGGCGAUGCUGGGAGGUGACGUCACCAUCACGGACCGGCCGGCGGCGCUGGACCAGAUCCGGGAGAACGUCCGGUUGAACUUCCCGGGGGCCGGGACUCGGCCGCGGGUGCGGGCGCUGGAGUGGGGCCGGGACGAGGACUCCUUCCCUCGGGACUUCCAGGUCGUUCUGGGCUCGGACCUCGUCUACGACCCCGCGUCCUUCCCAGCGCUGCUGCGGGCACUGCGGCACCUCUGCGGGCCCCGCUCCCAGGCCCUGCUGAGCGCCCGCACCCGGGGCGGGGACAGCGGCUCCCGGUGCUUCUUCCACCGGCUCCUGCCGCCGUUCUUCCGGGUCCAGCUGCUGUGGCAGGAGCAGGAGCACGACAUCGAGAUCUAUGGAGUGACCUGCUGGGAGGGGACCGCGGCACCCCCUGCCUGGGGGUCGUGCGGGGAGGGGGGGGUCGCUGCAAUGGGGGUAUCCUGACAAUG